AUUCAACGUCUUCGUUCGACUGACAUAGAUUUACCACAAGCUCUAGCGUUGGCUACCUUCCCGACAAUUCACAUUCAUUAGAACGUAGAUCAUACUCACUCUAGCUCCCAACAAACCGUCAAAGUCCGUGUGAAAGGGACAGGUAUAUCGAUAACUCAUCGGCACUCGACUCCGUACCCUCUCCAUGCUGUCCUUGAAGGAAAGUAAAAAAUCCAAACCAUCCAAGGAACAUCCAGCAGCGACCAAGGCUCAGGGGACGACCUUCUCAGCUAUCCUCUCGGCAAUCUACUACUACACCCUCGGCGCUCUUUUCUCGAACAUCUCCAAUAGCGUCUACUCUCUCGUCGGUUCCUUAGGCAUGGCGAGGUGGGCGAGAGAUAUCGUGCGAAUCGUACCCUCCAAACCUGGCAUAGUUAAGCUCAGGAGCAGUUUAGGGUCUGGAGGUGCGAAGACGGGCAAAGGGAACAAGAACCUGACAGAGUGGAUUAAUGAGAGUGUGCCGAGUUUGAUGGGGAGGUUUACUCCUGCUGCUUGGCUUCCAAACGGGCACCUUCAAACACUUUUCACAGCUGCUGGUGACUUCACCAAAGUCGAUAAAGUUCAUUACAUUCGUACAUAUCUCCGCUUACCCGACGGUGGGACAUUGGGCAUUGAUGCCACUCCUGAAAAUCACGAUGGACUUCCGGCCGACGCACCGACAGUUGUAGUCUGCCACGGUCUCACUGGAGGUAGCCACGAAAGUUAUGUCAGGAAUAUCCUUGCGUGGGUGGCAAAACCCAAGGAGGACGGAGGUUUGGGCGGAAGAGGUGUGGUGGUCAAUUUUCGAGGUUGCGCAGGUGUCCCUGUAACCUCAUGCCAAUUGUAUUCUGCAGGUACCACAAUGGAUCUCGCCCUUGCCCUCCAUUUCAUCCGCAACCGCCAUCCAUCCUCCCCUCUUAUCGGCAUCGGCUUCUCCCUCGGAGCAUCCAUCAUCUCCCGCUAUCUGGGCGAGUACGGUUAUUCUUCAAUCCUCUCUGCUGGCGUCGUCCUAGGUUGUCCUUGGGAUCUUACAGCCAUGUCGCACAAACUCGAGAACGACUGGUUCACUGCUCGGGUGUAUUCUUCUACCCUUGGGAGGAAUGUUCUUCGGCUCUUUUUCAAAGCCUUUGACCAAAAUCCUGCCGUAUUUGAAGCGCCAGAUAGCCCGAUUAGGGAGUACAUUGAGGAACUCAAAGCAGAGAGGAAGAACCAAGGGACGCAAUCGAGAUUGAGGAGAAUUGAUGAUUUGCUGGUUUCCAAGAUUGGCGGACCGAGAGGGAUUGGGGCAUGGCCGUUCCCUAGUGCGAAGGAAUACUAUGAUUGGGCGAGCUCGACGCACGUUUUGAGGAACGUCAAGGUCCCUUUGUUUGCUAUCAAUGCAUUCGACGAUCCUGUCGUGGAUGGAGGUGCUUUGCCUCUCGAUGAAUUUGUGGCCUCGUCACACAUUUACACUGCUGUCACAGGCGGAGGUGGCCACCUCGGGUGGUUCGAUGGUCCUUUCUUCGACAAAACCAAGUCCAAGCAGCGCUGGGUUCUCAAGCCUGUCUCGGAAUUCAUUUCAGCUUGCACGCGAGAUCUUUCCCCUCCCGAUGAAGAUCCUGAUUCCCGCGUGGACAUUGUUGCUGGAUCGAGAAUCGGUCCAAAGGGGGCAGAUGUGAAGCUGGGGGCAGAAGCAAAUGGCAAUGCGGAUUUUAAGUCGAACAUUGAUGCGGAUGUUGAACUGAACGCGGAUGGAGGAUGGGAAUGGGUUGUUAACCCAAAGUACAAGAUACCGGGAUUUGAAAAGGUUGGGUGGAAGGUAUUGAAGGAGGGCGAAGUGGUGGAAGGAGAAAGCGAUGAAGGAGAAGGGGGGCUGGUGCAAGGGUUGUAGGACUUUGAACGAGCGCUAGAAUGAUAGACCGACGGUUAUAGAACCAUUCUGUUGUUGGACCCUUAUACAAGUAAUCAUACAUCCA